GUCAGAGGAGCAGCAUUUGGUUUGCACUCUGCUUGGUCCCAGGGGCCACCGUCCUCCUCUCUGCUCCGUCGCGCUUGCGUCCGGGCGGGCGGCCCCCCGGAGCGUGCCCGCUCCCCACGCCCUCGUCGCCGAACCCCAAGCCGAGGCUCCCGCACCUCUCCCGAGCGCGGCGGGCUGACUGGGCAUGCUCCGGAGCCCGGCCCCGCGCCGUGGGAGCCGAGCGCAUGCACUCGCCGGGCCGGGGGCUCGCCGUCCAGGGGCGCGGCGCUCAGGCAGUCGCCCUCGCCGAUGCGCUGGCCAGCUUGCGCCGGACGCGAGCCAGAAUGGCUUCCCUCACCGCCUACGACAAAGAUGUGAGCAGCGGGAGUUAUAACCUGUCCUCUGCAACGACAGGAAGCUUCUACAGCUGUGUCAGCCAGAUCACCAUAGGUUACGACAUUGCUGGGCCUGUUGCAAUUGGACUCUCCCAUUGGAAGAAUCCUUAUGUACAAGGCAGACCCACCCUCCCAUCAGAUCUGCCUCUCUUCAUCUCCAAAGAUGCAGGCAUCCCUGUGUACCACCAGUCCUUCACUCGCAAAGCUGACUUGACCACACCUUUGUCUUGUCCGGCCUCGCUGUCCAUCACUCCAGUGCCUUCUUAUAGCAGCAGCAGCCAGGAGACUCUGAGCCAAGACACAACAGGUUUAAGUUUAUCUAUUCAUGGGGCUGAAAAGCACUUGCAAAUCCAUCAACGGCGAAGUGUGGCAAGCCGCCCAGGGUCACGUCGUCGCCUGCCUGUGGUCAGGCAUUCCUCACUCCCACCAGGCAGACGGUCAAUAAAAAUGGAGGCCAGCUCUUCUGGAAUCACUAAUGGAAAAAAUAAAGUUUUCCAUGCAGAAGGUGGAGUGGAUUUGCAAAGCCAUCAGCUGGAUAUGCAAAUACUACCCGACGGCCCAAAGAGCGAUGUGGACUUUUCAGAGAUUCUUAAUGCAAUACAAGAAAUGGCCAAGGAUGUCAAUAUUCUUUUCGAUGAACUAGAGGCUGUCAACAGCCCUUGCAAAGACGACGAUUCUCUGCUGCACCCUGGAAAUCUGACCAGUGCUUCGGAGGACACCAGCAGACUAGAAGCAGGGGGAGAGACAGUGCGAGAACGAAACAAAUCCAAUGGACUUUACUUUAGAGACGGAAAAUGUCGAAUUGACUACAUUCUUGUGUACAGAAAAUCCAACCCUCAGACUGAAAAGAGAGAAGUGUUUGAAAGGAAUAUUAGAGCAGAAGGAUUACAAAUGGAGAAAGAGUCCUCUCUAAUAAAUAGUGACAUUAUCUUUGUGAAGUUGCAUGCCCCAUGGGAAGUCCUUGGAAGAUAUGCAGAGCAAAUGAAUGUACGGAUGCCUUUCAGGAGAAAAAUCUAUUACCUGCCCCGCCGGUACAAGUUCAUGAGCAGGAUCGAUAAACAAAUAAGCAGGUUCCGGAGAUGGUUACCUAAGAAGCCAAUGAGGCUGGACAAGGAGACACUGCCAGACCUGGAAGAGAAUGACUGCUACACUGCCCCUUUCAGCCAGCAAAGGAUCCAUCACUUCAUCAUACACAACAAAGACACUUUCUUCAACAAUGCCACAAGAAGUAGAAUCGUGCAUCAUAUUUUACAAAGAAUAAAGUACGAGGAAGGAAAGAACAAAAUCGGUCUGAACCGCUUGCUUACCAAUGGCUCCUAUGAAGCUGCCUUUCCCCUGCACGAGGGAAGUUACAGAAGUAAAAACUCCAUUAAAACCCAUGGAGCUGUAAACCACCGACAUUUACUGUACGAGUGCUGGGCUUCCUGGGGCGUGUGGUACAAGUACCAGCCUUUGGAUCUUGUAAGGCGGUAUUUUGGAGAGAAGAUUGGACUAUAUUUUGCCUGGCUGGGCUGGUACACAGGCAUGCUCUUCCCCGCAGCCUUCAUUGGGUUGUUUGUCUUCUUGUAUGGAGUCACCACUCUGGAUCACUGCCAAGUCAGUAAAGAAGUCUGCCAAGCAACAGAUAUCAUCAUGUGUCCAGUAUGUGACAAAUAUUGUCCAUUCAUGAGGCUAUCAGACAGCUGCGUCUAUGCCAAGGUGACCCACCUGUUUGACAAUGGGGCUACUGUGUUCUUUGCUGUGUUCAUGGCAGUCUGGGCCACCGUUUUCCUGGAAUUCUGGAAGAGACGCCGAGCAGUGAUCGCUUAUGACUGGGAUCUGAUUGACUGGGAAGAAGAGGAGGAAGAAAUACGACCCCAGUUUGAGGCCAAGUAUUCCAAGAAAGAGCGGAUGAAUCCCAUUUCGGGAAAGCCAGAACCUUAUCAAGCAUUUACUGAUAAAUGCAGCAGACUUAUCGUUUCUGCAUCAGGAAUAUUCUUCAUGAUCUGCGUGGUGAUCGCUGCCGUGUUUGGGAUCGUCAUUUACCGGGUGGUGACUGUGAGCACUUUCGCUGCCUUUAAGUGGGCAUUAAUCAGGAAUAACUCUCAGGUUGCAACUACAGGGACUGCAGUAUGCAUCAACUUUUGUAUCAUUAUGCUGCUGAACGUGCUCUAUGAAAAAGUCGCACUCCUUCUGACAAAUCUGGAACAGCCUCGCACAGAAUCGGAGUGGGAGAACAGCUUUACCUUGAAAAUGUUUCUUUUUCAGUUUGUCAAUCUGAACAGCUCCACUUUUUACAUCGCGUUCUUCCUCGGAAGAUUUACAGGACACCCAGGUGCCUACUUGAGAUUGAUAAACAGGUGGAGGCUAGAAGAGUGCCACCCUAGUGGAUGCCUUAUUGAUCUCUGCAUGCAAAUGGGUAUUAUAAUGGUGCUAAAGCAGACCUGGAAUAAUUUCAUGGAACUUGGCUACCCGUUAAUUCAGAAUUGGUGGACUAGAAGAAAAGUCCGACAAGAACAUGGGACUGAAAGGAAAAUAAAUUUCCCACAGUGGGAAAAGGACUACAAUCUUCAGCCAAUGAAUGCCUAUGGACUCUUCGAUGAAUACCUGGAAAUGAUUCUUCAGUUCGGAUUCACGACUAUAUUUGUGGCAGCUUUCCCUCUAGCACCGCUUCUGGCCUUACUGAAUAACAUCAUUGAAAUCCGACUUGAUGCUUAUAAAUUUGUUACUCAGUGGAGAAGGCCUUUGGCUUCGAGAGCCAAAGACAUAGGGAUAUGGUAUGGAAUUCUCGAAGGCAUUGGGAUUCUCUCUGUUAUUACGAACGCCUUUGUCAUAGCAAUAACAUCUGACUUCAUCCCUCGCUUAGUAUAUGCUUAUAAAUAUGGACCUUGUGCAGGUCAAGGAGAAGCUGGGCAAAAGUGCAUGGUUGGCUACGUGAAUGCCAGCUUGUCUGUGUUCCGAAUUUCUGACUUUGAAAACCGGUCCGAGCCGGAGUCUGAUGGCAGUGAGUUCUCAGGGACUCCUCUGAAGUACUGCAGAUAUCGAGACUAUCGGGACCCUCCUCACUCUUUGGCACCCUAUGGCUACACACUGCAGUUCUGGCAUGUCCUCGCAGCUCGGCUGGCUUUUAUCAUUGUGUUUGAGCACCUCGUGUUUUGUAUAAAGCACCUCAUUUCCUAUCUGAUACCAGACCUCCCAAAAGAUCUAAGGGACCGGAUGAGGAGAGAGAAGUACUUGAUCCAGGAGAUGAUGUAUGAGGCUGAACUGGAGCGCCUCCAGAAAGAACGGAAGGAGAGGAAGAAGAACGGAAAAGCACAUCACAAUGAGUGGCCAUGACAAGGUGACAGCUGAUUUUCAGGUGAAAGACCUGAAUUUUGUUUACGUCUUCGGGCAGUGCAAAAGCACAUUCAAGUGAAUGACUAGCAGCACAUGCGCAGUGCAUGCUGCAGACACCGCCGCUGCGCAGCCACAGGCAGGGUGGCAGCAAGGAGAUGGCUGACUGAGGUGGAGUCCUGCUGUCGUGAAACCACGCUGCAGUCCAGCACACAAUUGCUAUCUAUCCAUAGACCAUUCUUGACCGAGCAAGCAUGCACGUUAUGGGCAGUUACAUUCUCAAGUUUUUAAAACCAAGGGGAGACUUGUAUACUGGGCCUGUUUUUUUAGCCAGUUUGCUACCUUUUUUGCAUUCUAUCCUAUGUGAAUUUUACAGACACUGGGCUUAAAAAGGGUAUUUGGACACCUGGACACAUUCCUAGAAUGUCAUCCUGUCCUGUUCUACAUCACCAAAUGACAGAGAGAAGACCCUGUUUACAACUUUUUCUUUCUUUCUUUUUAAGUUCAGACUUUCUGAAGAGAUUAUUCUAUAUGACAUAUCUAUAGCUAUGUGUAUGGCCAUAGAUGUAUUUCUGUGUGUACAUAUGUAUAGACAUGUAUUCCUACAUAUGUACAUACAAAUGCAGAGGUAUAUAAAAUACAUAGGCAUUCCUUACCUGUAAAUAGCCAAAAAAAAAAGUACUGACAUGAAUGAUGAAUUUUCACAUUUAAACAGUCACCAACAUGAAGCCAUGUUUAAUUGCUUGUAUAAUGUCAUACAAUAGAAUUUAAAAUAAAUUUAUGCACAUGGAAUAUUUUCA